GAUGAGCGUGCGUGUUAGCGCGAGCUGUUUACCGCGAGGCGCGUGAUAGCUGGCUGAUACAGCGGCAUAUUACUUCUACAAGGGGGAUACAAUGUGUUGAUUUUCUGGACACAAUUAAGGGAACAAGUUCUGUGAUCUUGAAACAAAAGUAAUGGCUGACACCAUCGACCCAGACCCACCCCCACCCCUACCCGAGGAGGUCGCCAUAACCCAGCCGUUGACGCCCAUUCCAGCUGACGCCCCACCCCCCAGGGCGGGGUGCAUGGAUAAGAGAAGCACGUUGGAAAAAGUUCUCAUCGUGCUAGCUAUCAUCAUUAUCAUCAUCUGUCUGGGAUUUGUUGCCGCUUUUAUUAUCUUCUACUUUUUCUCAUCCCCACCACCAGUCAUUUGCUUCACCGACAACUGUGUCCGAACAUGUACGUAUUUUUACUUUAGUAUCUCUUGUUCUCCCGCCAGUCUACCCAUCAUUAGUGAGAUCUGUCCACUGAACUCCUGGCCCUUUAUCCUCGGCUCUGGGGGCCUGGUGUACGGGCAUGCGUCUCGCCUCGAGUCUUCGAUGGACAAGAGGGUGGACCCGUGUGUGGACUUUUACCAGUACGCCUGUGGGGGGUGGAAGAAGGACCACGUCCUCCAGCCUGGCCAGUCCCUCGACACCCACUCGCUCAUCAACACCAGCAACAUCGUUAAGGUCAAAAAUCUGUUGGAGGAGAAGAGGAUAUCGACAGAUCCAGUUUAUCGAUCUCACCCCAAGUCUUUCUACUCUUUGUGUAUGAACACAGUCAAUUUGAAUCACAGAGGGGCAAAACCAUUCGUAGAUCUCGCUAAACAGCUGGGGAGUUUUCCUGUUUUGGACAAGAACUGGAACGAGACAGCUUUUAGUCUGGAGAGGAUUCUGGUGGAGAUGAUUAAACUUGAACUGUUCCCAUUGGUAACAGUAGGGAUUAAACGAGAAACGGAUACCAAGAGAAAGAUAUAUGUUGACAAAGGGAAAAUAAACAGCAUGAAUUUCAACAUAACUCUCACAACUACGCGUGACGACAUGAAGACUUACGAAGAAUGGCUGGUAAAGUUGUUGGUGCCUUUGGGUGUUGUUGAGGCAGAUGCCAAGACAGCUGCAGCAGAAGUUGUUGAUUUUGAGCUUAAUGUGACUAAGGCUGUCCUAUAUAAUUAUCAUAUGCCUGAAGAGGUGACCAUGACGAUAGCUGAGCUACAAAGCAAGUAUGCCUGGAUAAACUGGUUGAAUCUACUACAAGCACUGAGAGCCUCCUAUAGUCCAACACUUUUCAUAAGUGCUGAUGACGUCAUUACUAAUAUGGAUCCACGCUUUUUAGAAAAACUGGGCUCUGUAAUCAGCACAACAUCUAAACGUGUGCUCUCAAACUAUCUGCUGACUCAUCUGUUGUUGCUGACUCCUCAUUUGGAUGCCAACUUCAGGGCACUUUGGGACCAAAACCUGCUGGUGAAUACAAGGAAAACAGCCCAGCCCAGAUGGGAGUUUUGUGUCAAUCAGGCUAUCAGAGUUUACCCAGAAGCCCUCAGUCGAAUGUACAUAGACACAUAUUUCAACAAAAAGGCCAUGAAAUAUCUGAAGGAAAUGCUAGAUGAUCUGACAGUGGCCUACAGAGAUUUGUUGUCUGAAAAUACAUGGAUGACAGAAGAGACCAAAAAUGAAGUCAAAACUAAGGUAACAGCACUGAAACAAAAAGUUGGAUACCCAGACUACAUCAAUGAAGAUAGUAGACUCAAUGCUCUAUAUCCAACGAGUCCACCUAGUGAAUACUUUGAGACUCUUGUGGAAUCUAUCAGGACUUCUGUGUCAGAAAGAUUCAAGAAGUUCAGGGAGCCAAGAGAUAUAUCAAUAUGGCCAACUGAUUUAAUAACAUCUGCUGUCACAUAUGAUUCAUUUGUUAAUGAAAUUUUUGUGCCUGCAGGCAUUCUUCAAGAACCAUUACUCAGUCUAACUCAUCCCAGCUCAGUAAAUUAUGGGGCUAUUGGAAUGAUCAUCAGCCAUGAGCUCAAUUAUGGAUUAGAUCAUUAUGACACCAAAAAUGACCUAAAAACAUGGUGGUCUGAAAAAGACAGAGAAAAUUUUAACAUACAAGCUGACUGUUUUAAAGAGCAGUAUGGCUGUUACAGAUGGAAACAGCACAAUUUAGACGGUGAAAAAACAGUCAGUCGAAACAUUGCAGAUAAUAAAGGUCUGAAACAAAGCUACAGAGCUUACAGACACUAUGUAAAAAGAACAGGCUCAGAGGAAAUAAGACUGCCUGGGAUCAACUUGGACCACAAUCAAGUUUUUUUCCUCAGCUUUGCACAGUCUUGGUGUGGGAGGACACAUGAUGAUUUGGAGAGAGAAUUUAUGAAAGAAAGCCAGUUAUCACCCCCUAAAUACAGAGUUCUGGGUGCCUUACGUAACUCGCAAGAAUUUGCCGAAGCCUUCAGAUGCCCAUUGAGCUCCCGCAUGAAUCCUUUGGUGAAAUGUUCUCAGUGGUGAGCUACUUGCUGAGUGACCACAGGUUCAGUGACUGGAAGUUUUCAUGUGGGGUUCUAACUAUGAUCACCUAAUCUCUAUUGAAGGGUCAUUUACAAAAGUGUUAAGGGAAUAUGUAAUUUUGUGAGAUAAGUUCUUAAAAAAACAGAGAAUUUUUUACUUGCAGGUAAGUUUCUUUUUGUAAUUAUUUAUAAUACUUGUUCAGUUUUUCUAUAUCUUUAUGUAUUAAAAUGAAAGUUUCUUAAAAUAUAUCUCCAAAACAUGUUAGGUCCAUAUUGUUUGCAGAUUUUUUUAGUUUGUCAAAUACCAUUUAACAAGUUUACUAUAAUAGCCAAUAACAAUUGAUAUGGUUGUGCUUUUCCUGAAAAUAGAGAAAAAUCAAUUUUAAAUUUUUUUGUCUUUAAAAAGUUUUGUCAAAUGUUUAUUUAGUAACAAUACAUGAUCCAUUUUGUGUUAUCAUCUUAUGUGAUCAAAGCAUUUAUGGCAUGCCUUUAUUAUAGUAGCUGCAGAAUCUUUGUAGCCUAAGUCUUGUUGAGACUUGUAUCAUAAAGUCAAGCCUCUUUAAGAACUAUUUAUUUAUUUUGUUAUAGUGACUGCUUUUUGCUUAUAGUGUAAUGCAAAUGUAAACUUUUCAAUAGCAAAUCCUAGCAUUAAUGCAAGAGGAAUGCUAUUUCUGAUGGUCCUUAGGGUAGUUGAUGUAGAAUUCAUCUGUUUUAGUGUCCCAAACUUAUGAAUUCUUUGUGCAGUCAGUACUGUGCCCAACAGCUUGAAAUUUCCCCUAGUUGAGCCAGGUACUCUUUAUAGCUGAGUGGUGUUACAACUUCCUAUAUAAACCUGUUUAUAGUUACUGGUUAUGUGUUACAAUACUUGACUAUGCCUUACCAUACAAAUAGAGCAUACAGUGUGAUAAACCAUUUAUCUCAAUGAGUUUAUUAAUUUACUUUUAUCAGAGUUCUAAAAACCUGGAUUUAUUGUCUGUUAUACUUGUAUUCUGAGUUUUUCUUAGUCAAAGCACUUGAGUUUAUUAUUUAUUAAGCUUACAUUUAUUUUUUGGCUCAAAUUGUCCAUUACCAAAGCUCCUGUUUAUAUUUGUCUGCACAGCUGUUGGCAGCAUGUGGCUCUAGAACUUGAUGCUGCUCAAUAAGUAAAAAACAUGCUUGCUUGUUCAUUAUGUAUUAAAAUAAUAGUGAUCCCAAAAAAAAUAAUUAUGAAAAUAUUUUUCUGGAAAUUAAAAGUUCAUGAUUUUACAUCCAAGAAAUAGAAAUACUAUUUAAUGUUUUAGUUGAAAUAAAUAUCAAUUGGAAAUAGUGAACAACAUAUAAUCUACCUACAAUAUAAAAGAACUUGGCUUUUUAAUUUUAAACAAUUGUCAACCCAUAGCCAUAUUCAUAUUUUCAGUAUCAGAUUAAAAUACAUGUUUUGAAUUUUCCCAUAGAUCCCUGACCCAAUGGUGGUCUGUUAACAAACUUUUAAAUCUUAUAGUUGUUGUAGUUACAUGAGAAGUCUAUCUGGUUUAUUUUAAUUUUACAUCAAUCAAUACUUUUAAUAUGUGCAUUAUAAAAACAGUGAAUGCUGCUUUGUGUUAUCUUAUUAUAUUUGGUGUAUGUGAGAUGCAUUUUAUUUCAAAUUUUCAUGCCAUUUUUAUUUUAGAGUGUUAAAUAUUAUAAUUUAAUAAUAAGUAAAUAUUCAAAAUUAUACAAUUUUAAAAAUAUUAACCUAAUCAAAUUAGUCCCUUAAAUAAUUUUCAACAUACCUAUAGACGUAGUUUCCUUAAUGUAAUCUUAAUAUACUCAUGAACUGUUGAAGUAUAUUGCAUGAUAACGAUAUUUAUUUUACUUUUUUUUAAGUCAACGAAGCAAAAUGUGAUGAAAGUUAUAAAUAAAGCCUUUC